AUGUCGCUGGGCAUUGCUCCCGCAGGCAGACCGAAAUGGUCGUCCAACCAAAAAGACCUACACUGGCCGGUGGCUAAUGAGCCGGCUGUUUUCGACGUGACAGAUCUCAUUUUGCGGAUGAAUCGCCGCAGCUGCAUUGCCAGACGUAAAGACAACCACCACCCUAAACUCGGCCAAGCAAUUUGCAACGUGUCCCCUUCAACGUGCUCCAUGAUGGCAAAUAUCGUGUCUUCACAUCGGACUGAGCGUAUAAACCGCGGCGCGCGAAUCCCAAGUCUGUGUGCGGCUUCCACCGCCUCGAGUGCAUCUUCAGCCGAGGCUGGGUCGUAG